AUGGCUCAAUCUGAAGAAGUCUCAUCAGCUCUUAACCUAAUCAGACAACAUCUCUUAGGAGAAUUCGAGUCAAACCCUAAAUUGAUCCAUAGUAAUAGUUAUAAUUACCCAUCUCAAGAUCCAUUCAAUAAGAAACUUAAAUGGAUAAAGUUUGGGGAAGAGAUAAAAUCCGAUGAGAGUAAACGUUAUCGGGGAGUAAGAAGAAGGCCUUGGGGAAAAUACGCAUCGGAAAUUCGAAACCCUAACCAACGUGGUUCUCGAAUUUGGCUUGGGACUUUUGAGACCGCAGUUGAUGCGGCCAAGGCUUAUGAUCGAGCUGCUUUUAAGCUACGUGGAAAUAAAGCGAUUCUUAACUUUCCGUUAGAAGCUGGAAAAUUGGGAGAUAUUGAAAUGAGUAUGUUCGAUAGAGGUGCAUCUAUUUCAGGGGAGAGCGCAAAGAGGAAAUUCGAAUGUUAA